AUGUUGAUCAAGGCUCUUACUUCUACUGUCGGUUCAUUCAUGCCAUCAUCGAUGAGCGGUGGCGUUAUUGGUUCAUCUGGUGGCUCUGGAUCAUCCCAGGGUAGCAACGGAGUUGCUUGUGGUGGCUGCGGACCAUGUGGCCCAACCAACCACACCUACCAAGAGUUUGUUGCCUAUCCAUGUGCCCCAUGUUACCCAUGCUAUCCACCACCAUGCUACCCAUGCUUCCCACCACCAUGCGUUAGAUACUGCUAA